AUGACCUCAGUUGAGAAGCGCCGCUCACGCCGAAAGAGUGGCGGGCAUCGAAAGCACAGCGAUGGAGGCUACAGUGAUACUUCCAGCGGUGGGUCGUUUCUGGAUGAGACUGACCGUGAGGUCAGCAAUCUGACAGAUCGAGCAUUCAGGAGUCUCUGCAUUGGGGAUGAGGCCGUUUAUAAUGACUCAGACCUCUGUUCAUCUUCACCCUGCAGCCAGAGAGACAGACAAUUGGCCUUUAGCCAGAGUGGCCAGGACAGAGAAAGCAGAGACCGAGAGAGAGAGGAACUUAAAAGAGCUGCGCAUGAGAGCUUCACCGUCAGGGUGCAGCAGUAUGGACAGGACUGGAUCCAUGGAGGAAUGUAUGGGACUGAGAUCCACAGAGGUCCACAGUGGGAGAUUUAUGGAGAAAGGACACAGGGGAAGGUUUCUACCACAUUCCAGCACUCCUUUGUGGAAACCUCUCAACAGGAAAAAACUCUUAGGGAAGAACAACUGUCCUUCCUCAGCAAUGGAGCCAUGGAGUUGAGUUCGCAACAACGCAGAAGCCGCUCCAGAGUUUCCUCCCUUAUCAGAGCCUUUAAUUCUGAGGGACACAGGGAUGGAGCAGAGAUGGAUGGUAAACUCAGAGAGUGGAAUGAUGAGACAAGCUGGGACAAAUCAGCUCUGAUGAGCAUCCAAAGGGAACUUUCUGAAUUCUCGACACCGUUACAGCAAAACUUUAACAGUGAUAAUUUCCCCUCAGCUGGCCCGUUCUUAUCCCAAGACACCAGCUUCUACUCCUCUGAAGUAGCAGCAGUGGCUCACAUGAAUUCUGCAUCCUCUCUCAUGAGCGCUUCCCACAGUAAACACAGCAUGUCCACGCAGGUCAACUGUAACUCUAACUUCUUUAUACACAGUGAGUUUAGUCCCUUCAAAGUAUGGAGGGACCAUAACAGGUUUCCUUUUCAUCAAGGAAAAGUCUCAGGGUUUAUGCAGUGCUCAGAGUUUCCUAAAUGGUAUGAGACACCAAUGUACAAGGAGCUUUCACUCGAGGCCCAGCCACAGGGUCCUUAUAGGUUGGAGGAGAGGGGUAUCAGACACCCGAGGAAUAACAUGGUGCCAAUGGUUUCUCCCACUCAUCCAUGCUGCACGUCAAUAUCCACAGUGCUGCAAAAAGCUUCUGCCGUGGAGAAACGCAGUGAGUCAGAGUUGGCAGGUCAUUACCCCCACAGGAAGUGGACGCAGAGCCUGGGAGCUAACAGGUUCCAAUCCCAGCGCCCAUCAACUGCAUCACCUACCAUCGAGAUGUCUCGACGUGUCCGGGACACCAUCAGCUCCGUGAAAGCCCUCCAGCAAAAAAUCAAAAUGAUGACUGAGCAAAAUAUGGAAACAGGGAUGACAGCAAAUAAACUCAAUCAAGGAGGACUUUGUAGUAAUGAUAAUUUAAUUCCCAUUGCAAACAAUGCAGUAACAGUGUCACCAAAUGUUGUCAAGAGUAACACAAGCAGAGCCCCCUUCAACAUCAGCCAGAUACUCACACCUUCAGUCGAGGCACAUCAAGAAACAGAAACAUCAGAGGUUCAACAAUUUGCAGUUUCCCCUCAGCCUGUGGAACAUCCUCCGGUGCGAGCUGAAAGCAGGGGAGCCACUCCUGAUGUUAGGAUGUCCAGCUACAAAUCCAGAGCUACAAGCCUACUCUUCAAUCUCAAAGACAACAGGAAAAGAGUAAAAAACACCUACAGUCCUACCAAAUUUAAAGGCUUGGAAAAACUGGAAAAGACCAAACAGUCCUCUAUCCAGGAGCCUAGAGAUACUGUAAUAGAUAUCCCUGAUUUUCCAGAUCCAGACAUUCAGUUUACCCAGGUAGAGGAAUCCAAAAGGACAAAUGCUGCCUCACAUCAAUAUGUAAACCAGUAUCAAAGCCCUGGAUUCAAGCUGUACAGAGAAGCAGAACAAAUCAGGAGAGAAAGGAUUAAAACAGAACAGGUUGAAACAGAGCAUAGAAAAUUAGUACAAGCUAAACAAGAGCAGAUAAAAGAGCAACAAGCUAAAACAGAACAAGAGAAAAUGAACUUAGUUGAAAUGGUAAAAGUCAGCCACAUUAAAGCUAAAGAUGUUAGACAAGAUAAAGCUGCAGAAAAUUCAAUUCAAGCGGGCCAACUAAAUGCAGAGCAACCCACAACACAGAUAAGUAAAGCCAAAGAGGCAAAAGUUGUAGAGAGAAAAGCAGAGCAGACAAAGUUAGAGCAAACCAUAUUGGAUCUCGCUAAAGCCGAGCUAACAAAAACAAGGAACCUGGAGGAAAGGUUACCUAAACUUGCAGCAAAACUAUCAGUGAUACAACAGGUCAAAAGUGAGCCAGAUAAAGUUGAACAAGUUAAGACAGGGUUAGCUAACACUAAAGCUGAAUUGGCCAAAAUAAAUGAGAAAAUGAGAGGAGAGCCAAAAGAGAACAUAAGAAAUACUAUCAUCAAAUAUGACAUUUUAAAGAAAGAUGUUCCUUUAAGGGUAAAUAUGAAUAAAAAUGAGGAUUACAAAAAGCGGGAUCGGGCAACACAAAUGCAUCAACAGAAGGAAGACUCAGUUGUCAACAGAAAUAGUAGAGAUCAAACUGAUAGAGGGGCUGAUGAUUAUGACUGUCUAAGACAGAAAUAUGGUUUUACUAAUGCAGGUUCAACAAACAGAAACAAAGUGUCAACUGCAGGAAAUGAUUUUUCAAAUGAUGCCAAUGAAAUGCCACCUUCAUCUCUAAACAAAGGUGAGACAGGGAUUAACGAGAAAUCCAAAGAUGAACAUAGUCCUGCAAGUGGACUGGAAACUGCUAACACAGAAGAUAAGAAGGAAGUUUGCAGUUUUAAAUCCAAUGAGAUGACAGACAGUCAAUAUGUUUACAGUGAGUCAUCCAAAGAAUUCAAAUUAUCCAGUGCUGAUUAUGUACCUACCCGUUUAGAUAAUAGAGCCAAUUGUGACACUGUUACUUAUAAAGUGGAGGAUGAAAGUGUUGAAAAGUUGGAAAAAUGUGACCCUGUUUCACAGCAAAGAGAUUCUGCUUUGACUAAAUUCCCCCCCCUUGAAAGAAAACCUAAGUCAACUGAGCACAGUGUAGGUUCAGGUAAAGAUCUGCAUUUUACCCCUCCCAGAGCAUUGUCCCAUAAAGAGAGAGCGCAGACCAAGCAGGAGAUUCUGACUUCCAAGAUAAAAGCUCAUGCUGAAAAAGAGAUUUCAGCAAUUAAAGGAAAGGGUUUUGCUAUAAGAGAUGGGUUUAUGUCCAAAAAUCCUACCAAGCAAUUAGCAGGUAGUCAGAGUAUUAAUAUACGAAACAGGCCACAAUCACAGGAAGUGUCUAAAAAGCAUGAAAGCAUAAUGUCCAGUAAUAUUACACCAAAGCACCAGAUGGAGCCUUCAGGAAUACAGAUGGAACCAGUCAAGUCUGUGUCACCCUCCAGCUCUGCAACAAUAUCAGUUAAGUCUGCAGCAACCACUGGUCAGUUAAUAGACCAUUCACAGAAACAAGUUCCACCAACUGACCAGAUGGAGCCUUCGGUAAUACAGAUGAAAACAGUCAAGUCUGUGUCACCCUCCAGCUCUGCAACAAUAUCAGUUAAGUCUGCAGCAGCCACUGGUCAGUUAGUGGACCAUUCACAGAAACAAGUUCCACUAACUGACCAGAUGGAGCCUUCAGGAAUACAGAUGAAACCAGUCAAGUCUGUGUCACCCUCCAGCUCUGCAACAAUAUCAGUUAAGUCUGCGGCAACCACUGGUCAGAUAGUAGAUCAUUCACAGAAACAAGUUCCCAAAGUACCGGUGAAGAUUAAUGACAAUGUGACAGAACCACCCACAGAUGCAAAACAGAUAGGAAGUUAUACCAAGAGGACAGACAAGGGCUUGGUAGAAAAUCAAAAGACAGAGAAUCAAUCUGGAAUUAGUUUGCCAAUGCAAAGUAAAGAGCAGGCACCCAAGAACAACCAAGGAAAACAGGAAGCAAAUCAUGGAGCCAACUCUGGAAAACACAUAGAGGGACUUAAAGACAAUCCUGCCAUAAGCAAUGAUCAUCUGAACAAGAAGAAAGAGGAUUCAUUACAAGCAACAGCUCUGAUCAAAGAUGAAAGCUUCAAAUCUAUGAAACCAGAAAAGCCUGAGAGUAAACAUGAAGCAGCGACUUCACCAAAUCUUGUCUUUACUCAGAACAAGACCCCUUUGGCCGAUGACAGUUUGCAGAUCAUGGGAAUAAUGGUAACUGUACAAGAAAGAAAGCCAUCUGACAACAAUGGUCAGGGGGAUAACAGCACUCAAGAACAAAUAAAUACAAAAGAGAAAGAGUGCAGUAAUUCAGAGCUUAAUAAAUGGAAUCCUAGCUCAGGUCUAGAAGUAAGUGAAGAAAAUAAAUCUUCAAAGGAAGUUUGCAUAGCAAAGGCAAAACACAGAGUUGUACAGGAAACUCAUUCCACAGUGAAGGAAGAUCAAACUAACAUUGGUAUGAAUAAUCAUCCUGAAAAUGUACAAGAAACUUCAACCCUAGAGACCAGAAAGAACAAUGUGUCUGAGAAUGUCAAUGAGAAAAGGACUAAUCUCCAAGAGAGUUCUUCUAUAAAUACAAGACCCCAAAGGGAAACACAACUUCAAAAACCCUUUGCUGAAAAAGGUGUGCCACCCACAGUCAUUGUACCUGCCAAAAAUAACGUGUUGGGUGAAACUCAAACCCUUCUCUGUAAACAAGACAUAAUAAUAAGAGAAAUGAAAGACUACUCAAAUAAAACACCAAAAGAGAACUUAGCAAAGGGUAUAAGGAAAGAUGAAUUAAAGAAGAAUACAGAAGAGAAAAUUCCACAAAAAACAUCACAUACCAAUGAGAACUUCAUGGCCAAAAUGGAGAACACACGAAUCCACUGCAAUAAUGAUUCAAACAGAGCUGAUGCUGAAGCUCUGAUAAAACAUGAUGUCCAGCUAUCAGUGACAGAAAAUAUGACAACUGUCAAAAAUCCACCCAAAAGCGAGAGCAUAGAUGGCAAGAGUGCACCCCUACUAGAGGAAAAGAGCUAUGACUCAACACCACUAAAGCCACUCGACAAAACCACUCCAUUUCACCAUUCAACUGAGAAUAAAAACAGACAUGUAUCUCCCAAACUACAGUAUAAAGAGACACACAUUGGAGAAUAUAAUCAAGUGGAUGAUGAUAUACAUAUAGACAGCAUUGACAUCAGAGUCCUGCCAGCAGUAACUGAGAAGGACAACCUAAAAAUGGCAGGAGAACAUCAUGUCACAACUGUCCCUUCUGAUGUGGUUGUAGCCAAUGAACAUAAAAAAGUUGCAUCAUCUAGUUGUGAAGAAAAAGUGAACACUUCAAACAAUGAAGAUAGAACCAAAGACCUAACACCAGCAUGCAAUAAGAAGCAACUGAAAGAUAAUCUGGAAGACAAAUUAGGACUACAACACAUGUUGUCCAGUGUGAGAGAAGGGUCUGAUUCAUUGAAAAUCAGCAAUCAACAGAGCAGCAUAAAUGGACCUACUGAGAAUAUACAAGCUGAAAAUGGAAAGCCUGAAAAAGUGAAGGAAAGCUGGAAAUCAGUAGAUGAAUCAAAGAUACAAGCAAUGGAGGAAGGCUACUUUCAAGUGCAAGGGACAGCAGAAACAAAUAACGAACCACACAAUUGUGCAAAUGUUGGAGAGACAUUAGCUGGUGUUUCAAACGCAAGGGAACUUCCAGGGUGUCUACCAAACAAGGCUGUUGUCAGCAAUGAAUCAUACAAGGAGGGAAAAAACGGAGUCUUUGUGUUGGAUCAAAGUAAAAGGAAAACAGUGGAAUCAAGUUCAGUAAGUGUCCAAAAUGAGACCACAGAAAAUAAUAACUGGGAAACAGAAGAUAAGAUGGCUUCAAAACAGAGUGAUGGUCCCACAGAGAAACAGAGUAAAAGUGAAACAAUGGAAGCAGGUCAAGCUAAUCCCAUCAAAAAACAUCACGCAUUGGACCAGUCCAGUUUAUCAGCAAGGGAAAGACAGACCUCAAAAAAUUCACAUCUAAUAAGGGAAAAUGUAGUCAAGGAGAAACCUGAAAUUAAACUAAAACCAAAAGAAAGGGUAUCCACAAUACCUGAAAUAUCCGCAAUUGCAGACUAUGCCAGAUUAAAAGUAAUUGUUUCAGAAGAGCGGGCAAACACAAUUCAGGAAUUCCCACCCAACAAAAAGGAAGGAUUCUUUCCACUAAUACAGACUCGUCAUAGCAGACGUCCAGUGUUCACUGCUGACCCAAAGGACAUCUCUGUGAAAGAGAAAAGUUUGCCAAAAAAGACAGCGGUGAGUGCCAAAAUAAUAAAAGGGCCCAAAGCGUUAGUAUUUCCCAUCACAGAGAAAGAACACCAAAGGACAGGGAUGUUCAAACUGGGAGAUAAUGAAAGACAAGAGAAAAUGGUUUUAGAUGCCACAGGUGUAUUAGAUGCUGGGGCAAAACAUGCACAACAUCUCGAAGAAAGAAACAAGUCACCAACAACUUAUUUCCAGAACCAGGAAACAGAAGAAAAAGGGGCUGGAAGACUUUGUCAAGUAAAUCAAAGUAUUCAUCAGCGAGACAAUUCUGCCUUGCAAGCAACAACCUCAUCUUCUGCAGUCAACAGGCCAAGAAAUGCGUCUGUGUCACAUCUAAAGUCCCUUGAUAAUUCCAAUCCACAUGAAAACCCUGAGGAAUUUUCCUCAAAAGCUGAAAGAAUACCAUUUUUGGAUAAAAACUCUCAUCAACAAUCCACCUUGGGGCAAAUGCACAAUUUAGAGGAAAGCACAACAACUCUAAGAAAAGAUGAAAAGAUUGAAAAUAAACUGGCUAAGAGCGGGGAAGAGAGAAAAGAAAAACUGAGACAAGAAAGGCUUGCAACUAAGCAUGAAGCAACCACAGCAAAACAGUCAGAGGAAGAACAAUCGUAUAGGAUAGAAGAGGAGAAAAGAGCAGAAGACAUGACAAUAAAACACAUGAUAGAGGAGAGUAAAGCUUCUCUGGCUGAAGAGGAGUGGAGAGCCACUCAGAGAGAAGAGGAGAGGAGAGCAAAAGAGAGGGAGGCCAUAGCUACUAAGAUCAAGGAGAAGAGGAAAAAACAGGAAGAGGAGAUCAGAGCAAAGCAAAGAGAACAAGAAAGGAGAGUGAAAGAAAUUGAGGAGAAGAGAAUAAAGACUGAGGAAGAGAGGAGAGCAAAACUGAGAGGGGAGGAAGUGUGGACAAAUGAGCAUGAGGAGAGGAAGAGGUUGAAACAGCAAGAGGAGGAGAGAGCUGCUAAAGUGGAGCAGCAAAGAAAAGCUGCACUUGAGAAACAGCAGAGGAGAGCUGCUCAAGAGGAGCGGCAAAAGAGAGCUGCUGAAGAGGAGCAGCAGAGGAGAGCUGAGCUAGAGGAGCGGCAAAGGAAAGCAGCACUUGAGGAGCAGCAAAAGAGGGCUGCUGAAGAUGAACAGCUAAGUAAAACUGCACUUGAGGAGCAGCAACAGAAAGCUGCACUAGGUAAGCAGCAAAGCAGAGGUGCACUAGUGGAGCAUCAAAGGAGAGCUGCUCAAGAGGAGCGGCAAAAGAGGGCUGCUGAAGAGGAGCAGCAAAGGAGAGCUUCUCAAGAGGAGAGGCAAAAGAGGGCUGCUGAAGAGGAAGAGCAACGUAAAACUACACUUGAGGAGCAGCAAAAGAGAGCUGCACUUGAGAAGCAGCAGAGCAAAGCUGCGCAAGAAGAGCAGCAAAAGACAACUGCACUAGAGGAGCAGCACGGGAAGGUUGAACUAGACGAGCAGCAAAAGAGAGCUGCACAAAAGGAGCAGCAGAUGAGAACUAGUCAAGAGGAGCAGCAGAGGAGAGCCGCUCUAGAGGAGCAGCAGCGGAGAGCUGCUCUGAUUGAGGAGCAAAGGCGAGCUAAACAGAUUGAGGAGAAGAUACUUGCUAAAAUUGAGGAGGAAAAGAAAAGAACUCAGAGAGAGGUGGAGGAGAGGAAAGCUGAAAAAGAGAAAACAAUUAUAAAACAAAGAGAAGAAAGGCAAGGCAAAGAGGAGAUGACAAGACAACUUGAGGAGAGCCAAGCAGCACUGAAAGAGGAGGAAAAGAGAGUAGCACGAGAACAGAUGCUAUCUCAAAGAGAGAGAGAGAUCUAGC